AUGGGUUCCGUCGAGAAAUCUACCUUGCCUCCCGAUUUUGUGUGGGGAUUCGCCACAGCCGCAUAUCAAAUUGAAGGAGCCGUCAACGAAGAUGGCCGUGGUCCGUCAAUUUGGGAUACCUUUUGCAAGAUCCCCGGCAAGAUCGCUGGUGGGGGUUCUGGGGAGGUGGCCUGCGACUCGUACCAUCGAACCCACGAGGAUAUUGCCCUGUUGAAAGAAUGCGGUGCUUCCGCCUAUCGAUUCUCUCUAUCAUGGUCCCGCAUCAUUCCUCUCGGUGGUCGCAACGACCCGAUCAACGAGAAAGGCUUGCAGUUCUAUACCAAGUUUGUCGAUGAUUUGAUCGCAGCAGGGAUUACCCCAAUGGUCACACUGUUCCAUUGGGAUCUUCCCGACGAACUCGAUAAGAGGUACGGUGGACUCCUGAAUAAGGAGGAAUUCGUUGCCGAUUUCGCAAACUAUGCCCGGGUGGUCUUUGAAGCAUUUGGUUCCAAGGUUAAAUACUGGAUCACUUUCAAUGAGCCCUGGUGUAGCAGCGUGUUGGGAUAUAACACGGGAUCCUUUGCUCCUGGUCACACGAGCGAUCGCACCAAGAGCCCGGUGGGAGAUGGAUCGACAGAACCAUGGAUAGUUGGCCAUAGCCUGCUCGUUGCGCAUGGAGCUGCGGUGAAGAUAUAUCGUGAUGAGUUCAAAGAACGAGAUGGAGGUGAAAUUGGCAUCACGCUCAAUGGCGACUGGGCUGAGCCGUGGGACCCGGAAAACCCAGCAGACGUGGAAGCCUGCGAUCGAAAAAUCGAAUUCGCCAUCUCGUGGUUUGCAGACCCAAUAUACCAUGGCAAGUAUCCUGACAGUAUGGUCAAGCAACUGGGUUCUCGCUUGCCAUCCUGGAGCGCAGAGGACAUUGCGCUAGUGCAUGGCAGUAACGACUUCUACGGGAUGAACCAUUACUGCGCGAACUUCAUCCGCGCCAAGACAGGGGAGCCAGAAUUGGACGACAUCGCGGGCAAUCUGGAGCUUCUGCUUGAGGACAAGAACGGUGUUAGUGUUGGCCCUAUCACACAGUCGCCCUGGCUACGACCUUCUGCUAUUGGAUUCCGCAAGUUGCUCAAAUGGCUCAGUGAGCGAUACGGUUACCCCAAGAUUUACGUCACGGAGAACGGAACCAGUGUGCUUGGUGAGAAUGAUAUGGAGCUGGAUGAGCUGCUCAAUGAUGAGUUCCGGGUUCAAUAUUUCCGGGACUAUAUUAGCGCCAUGGCUGAUGCUUAUACGUUGGAUGGCGUCAAUGUGCGCGCUUACAUGGCUUGGAUAACUUCGAAUGGGCCGAAGGCUACGAGACUCGGUUCGGCGUCACCUUUGUUGACUACGAAAAUGGACAGAAGCGAAUCCCGAAAAAGAGCGCCAAGGAGAUUGGCCAGAUCUUUGGUCGGUUGA